UUACUUCGAAGGCAUGCAGUUAUAGCAUGUUACUAUUUAUUGUUUCCCGCCGUCGAGAAUUUCUUUCAUUUGAACUUCAAAGAUUUUCACCUAUGUGUUACAAUUAUUUAAUAUCUUAUUGAUCAGAAGACUUUAUUUGUCACGGCUGUCUAGUUGCGUUCAAACUGGAAUAUUCAUUUAUCUUUUUACAAAUAAAAUCCAGUUCGUGAUUGUGUGAGUGUGUUUGUAUCGCAGCUGAUAACGAAAAUCGAUUGGAUAAAAAUAUGAAUAAAUACCACAGAUACUUAUGAACAAACUGACCACUGAUUCAAGAAUGUCCGGAACGUACAAGGGAUUGUAGUUUUGUGUGUAAUUGGGAUUUUGUGAUUUAUUUGUUUGAAAUAAAGGAAAGUUAGUACUUAACAUGCCGGGGACAUCGGACAGUGUUAAAGUAGCAGUGAGGGUUCGACCCUUUAAUCAGAGAGAAAAGAAUGCCGGGUCUAAGUGUAUUUUAUCAAUGAAGGACAAAUCAACUACAAUAAAGAAUCCUGAUACUGGUGAGACUAAGACAUUUGCCUAUGACCACUCCUACUGGUCACAUGACGGAUACACAGAGACACCUAGCGGCGUUUAUGAACAAGAGUCUCCUUCUAGCCAGUAUACCGACCAGAAAUGUUUGUUUCAAGAUCUUGGACAAGGUGUGUUAGACAACGCCUGGCAGGGUUACAACGCUGCCCUUUUUGCUUACGGGCAAACAGGCUCAGGUAAAAGCUACUCUAUGAUCGGGUAUGGACCGAAUAAAGGUAUUGUUCCAAUCACGUGUGAGGAAUUGUUCAAGGUCAUCGGUACCAAUGAAGAUGGCAAGAAACAGUUACGGGUGUUUUUCAGUAUGCUGGAGAUCUAUAAUGAACAGGUUCGAGACCUACUGUUGAAAGGAAAACCACCACAUGGCGGUCUCAAGAUCAGACAAAACCCAAAACAAGGUUUCUAUGUUGAGGGAUUAAAGCAAGUACCUGUGAGAAGUUACAGUGAGAUAGAGAAAUUGAUGGAAUCUGGCACAUUCAACCGAACCACCGCCUCUACCAACAUGAACGCCACAAGCAGUCGCUCGCACAUGGUCAUAACUAUUCGCUUUGAGCAGGUCAUACAGGGAGACAGUGGGCAGAGUAACACACGUAGCAGUGAUAUAAACCUUGUUGAUCUGGCCGGGUCGGAACGGGCUGAUUCUACAGGGGCCACAGGGGACAGACUUAAAGAAGGGUCCGCUAUAAACCAGAGUCUCUCCACAUUAGGAAAUGUCAUAAGUGCCCUGGCCGAUAUAGCGAUGGGAAAGAAGAAGGUUCUGGUACCUUACAGAGAUUCUGUCCUCACUAAACUAUUACAGUCAGCACUCGGGGGCAACAGUAGAACUAUCAUGAUAGCUGCUUUAAGCCCAGCAGACAUAAACUAUGAUGAGACACUUUCUACAAUGAGAUAUGCAGAUAGAGCAAAGAAGAUACAGAACAAAGCUGUUGUAAAUGAAAGCCCUACUGAUCGUCUCAUCAGAGAGUUGAAGGAGGAGAAUGCACGGCUUAUGGCCAUGCUGAAAAAACAAGGAACUGGGGAUACUACAGAUAUCCAGAGUAUGUUAGCAGACAACCAGAGAAAAAUGGUUGACAUGCAAAUGUCAUGGCAACAACGAUUAGAGCAGGCAAGACAAGAAUGGGAAAAAUCUCACCACAUAGAUGGUAGUGUCAUAGAUAAAGAGUGGAUGAAACAUCCUUACAUAACAAAUGUGAAUGAAGAUCCACAACUCUCUGGGGUUAUCAAACACUGUUUCUCUAAAAAGUGUACAUUUGUAGGACGGUCGGGAUCAGAAGAUGCAAUACAAUUACGAGGUCUUGGCAUUGAGCCAGAGCACAUUGAAGUGAACGUGGAUGGUGACAAAACAUUCAUUAAGCCAUGCAAGGCGACGGCAGCAGUGUUCGUGAAUGGGAUUAAAGUGCAUGAACAAACCCAGCUUAAACAUCAGGAUAGACUAAAGCUUGGAUCCGCCAGUUUGUUCCUGUAUAUAGGAUAUCCUGAAGAACGUGGGAACGACGGUACCACAGACACGUAUGAUUAUAAUUAUUUUAUGCUAGAACUUGCCGAGCAUGCAGGAGUAUCUGUUGACAUAGCAACGCCUCGAGAUACACACCAUACUGAUGACCUGUCUCACAGAGUUCUCUUUCAAGAUUUUGUUGAUCUUUUACCUAAACUUGCCGAAGCCAAUGCCAUUAGUGAAGAACUUAAACGUUAUACAAAAUUUGAAGCAGUUGUUCGAAGCGAGGCUAGUCAUGACCCAAAAGGAACAGCAGCAGGCAAAGAAGUCAUCAUUAAAGUUACAAAUAACCAAACGAAAAAAGUUUGGAUAUGGUCGAUGAACAAGUUUUAUAACCGUAAAGAUUUGAUGGAUGAACUGUACUUAAAGUGGUUGGACGGUUACAAUGUUGUAACGACAAGGGAUAACGAUCCUUUCUGGGAUCCUGUAGAAGAUAUAUUUCUUGGGAGUUGCCAUAUUAUGUUACAAAGUAUUGGUUAUUGUGCGGAGGUAGAUGAACAUUUCACCUUACAUAAUUAUCACGGCAAGGAGGAGGCUGUCAUUCACGUUCAGUUGUUACCCUGUGAUGAGAAAGGUCAUGCCCUUGAGGAUGAUAUUGUAAUGGAACCCAAGGAUCUCCUAAAUAAGACAUUAAACUUCACGUGUGUAAUAUCACAAUGCAUGAGUGUCCGCUGGAUUAGUGAGGAUCACUUACGAGGAGUUGAAUGCAGAUUUACUUUGCCUUUUCAAAAACCGACCAAAACGAAGACUGUUUGGCACAAAGGAUAUGUUGAAUUUGACUUUAGACAAAUUUACAAAUACAAACCUGUGACACAGAAAUUAUUGGACUAUCUCCACAAUAACUCAUUAGUCCUAGAACUGUGGGGGAAACAAGUGAGUGAAGAUGAACAGCUACAUUCAGACGGUAUGCCGCAUGCAGACAUUGAAACUGGAAACACGGAUAUUCUUACGCAGUUGAAAUCGAGAGUGCAGGUGGAAAUUUCCGGCCUCGAGGGUAACUGUUUAGGCGGUAACAAGGGAAUUCCGGAAGAUGAAGCGGAGAUGUUACGUGAGGAAUGUGAGCAGAUCAGGAAGGAAAAUUUCAAGCUGAAACAGACAGUGAUGGUCACUGAAGAAAAACUACGGCUUUUAGAAAUGAGAGGUGGUUUGAAGCGGGUAGGCAAUAAAGACAGGAACAUGGGAGCCAGUAAGACAGCUUCAUCUCAGACGGGAUUGGACGUAGAUUUCGCGAAAGCGUUGCGUGAUUUCUUCCAGGAAAUGAAAGACAUACAGAAUGGGUUUAAGGAGAUGCGAGAGUUUGUGACUUCAACAAAAGACAAAAUAGGUGCAAAUGGAAUAAGACAAUCUUUCGAAAACCAUGAACAUGCAAUUAACGCUAUAGAUGAUAAAAUGACAGACUGUCUGGCUUCUUUAAAGAAAAGUGCAGCAACCGCGUUAAGAAAAUCUCGAUCUGGACCAGACAAGUGAAGACAACAGAAAUAGUCGCGUGACAAUAAGGAAAUUUGUAUUUGUAUCUGCAUUUGAUAUGGAGUGAAGUGCUACUCUGUGAGGGGCCUGACUGCAGCAAUGGCAAGCGGCAAACGUAUAUACAGGAGUUUGAAACAUAUUCCACAGACGAAAAUAUUUUGUGUUUGUUACUUGCAAUAUUCGGGUGAUAUUAAUUGCUGAUUUAAUGGCAUCUUAGUUGUUUUAUGUUCGAAUCAUUCACAUAUACAAUAUUGGAAAUAAUUGUAAUACGCCGGUAUGUUAAAUCAGUAAAUUGAUUAAAAUAGGUUAUAGAUAAAAACGUUUAUUGUAUGACAAAUACUAGAAUAGUUGAACCAGUGCUCAGCUUAAUUUCUCUACAACAGAACUAUUCUGACACAAAACUUCCUUUCAUAUUUUUAUUCAUAGUCCACACUUUUCACAUCACGGCAUUGGUAAGCAUUAAAUAAAGUGUAUGUUUUGUUUGUUUGUUUUUUUUUUUGUGUUUUUUUUUUGGGGGGGGGGGGGGGCGGGUAGGGGCUAGAGGGCAGGGCUCGUCUUAGUGGAAAUAUAAUUAUGAUGAAUAUCUAACACCUAUCUGUUUAACAUAUGAGUAAACUUGAGUGUAAAACCCAAGGACUUGAUCCCAGGGGAAUAGCGCAACAGAUGCGACACCCACAUCCCCAGCCUACACUUACACAAUACAUGAACUGAGACAGCAGUCAUUUCAGUAAAUCGAUUCGACUUUUCUUAAUAUUAGUAGUAUUUUUUUAUCGCUGAAGUGAUUGUACCUGACGGCAGAUAAAUUACAGUAAUCAACUAGGUCGUGUUGCCUUUUUUUUUUAAAUCAAUACAAAUAAAAACAAUGGCAUUGUGUCAAAUAUUCAUGCAAGAAGAGUCAAAACUAUUUUUGACGUAGUGUAUAUGAAAGUCUGUCAGAUAACCAUAUUUUUGGUCAAAAGGCAAAAAUGACUGUUCUGUAUAAAGAUCAAAUGUAGGGAUACUACGUUUUUUUCGUGUUAUCACCAGCCGAGAGAUUCUAAAGAUGUUAUAAUACGAAAAGAACAUGCGCUACCGCCAAUCUAGCAUAAAACGCGUAAAAACUAAUAAAUGAAUAUACUAAAUUAACAACUCAUUAAAUUUUGAUGGAAUGCACGGGAAUAAUUGAGUUGCUUUUUCACGUUGACGUCAAUUCUUUUUUAAUUAUCUGUUUUGGGGCCGUAAUACGUUUACGCUUUGACACGGAAAGCGCAUACAUAAAAAGGUGUUUUAACAGCACGUGCGCGCAAGAAUCUCACCGUUAACACAUAUUUUCACUUCCGUUAAAACACCUCCGAAAAUAGAUAAGAACAGCACUUCUGCUAGAAUGAUUAUUAUUCCAACAAGAUCAGACUAUAAAAAUUAUAAUUUCAUUACAUUGAAGGACGUAGAGAACAAUGUCUGAACAUGAUUAACGCUGAGCACUGGAAUACGCCGGCUGUCACUCUUUGUAUUAAAACGUGUGUGAAUUGAUUUAUACAUUAUGUAUUAUGUCCUAUCAUUUUAUGAUUUCUAUGACAUUCAUGAAUUAGAUAAAGUUAUUACAUGUAUUCAGAAUAACAGAAUGGCCAAUGAUAAUACAAAGAUAUAUUUUCUGUAAAUUACUCUGUAAUAUAGACUGAAUGAUAUCAAUGAAAAGGCAUUACAUUGUUUUACCUCUCUUGAUGAAUAAAUUAUUAAAAAUA